AUGGGAAAUGCACUCUUGACCCAAUCUACACCAUAGCAUAAACCCUACCAUUCAAAAUCAAAACUUUGACCCACAUCCUAAGAUUCAGAUCAGAGCAACAACAAGAAGAAACAAACCUCAAAGCUGGCCCUCCCUCCUCUUAUCAGAAAUGGGCAUUAAAGAUCACCAUCCCCAUUCUCUUAGAAGAAAACUGAUUCCUUAUGCUCUCUAUGCUCUGCUUUUCAUUGCCAUCUUUCGCUUAUAUUUCUUCCCUACCCCUGCCUCCCUGCCCUCCACCACCACCACCACCUCUGUUGACCCUCCUCCUUCCACAGGUGUUGUAGAAGAACAAGAAGAGAGCAGUUGUGACUACACCAAUGGCAGAUGGGUCCAUGACAAGAUGGGCCCAAUGUACAACUCAACUGCAUGUGGUACAAUCAAAGAUGGUCAAAACUGUGCUGCCCAUGGCAGGCCAGACACUGGCUAUCUCUAUUGGAGAUGGAAGCCCAACAAGUGUCAUCUCCCCAGGUUUGACCCCAACACCUUCCUCCAGCUAACCAAAGAUAGACACGUGGCAUUUGUGGGUGACUCCCUUGCUAGGAAUCAGUUGGAGUCUCUUUUGUGUAUGCUUGCUACUGUCUCUCUUCCUAACUUGAUUUACACUAAUGGUGAAGAUAACAAGUUUAGGAAAUGGCAUUUUGCAUCCCAUAAUGUUACUGUUUCAGUUUAUUGGUCACCUUUUCUUGUCAAGGGUACUGAGAAAUCAGAACAAGUGCCUUACAACAGGCUCUAUUUGGAUUCUGUUAAUGAUGUUUGGGCGAAAGAUCUAGACGGAAUCGAUAUGGUGGUUUUGUCGAUUGGUCAUUGGUAUCUUCAUCCGGCGGUGUUUUACUACGGCGAUUCGGUACUAGGUUGUCACUCUUGUAAUGAUAAGAACCAUACUGAGGUUGGAUUCUAUGAUGUUUAUGGGAUGGCAUUCAACACUACCCUUAAGGCGUUAGUCAAUAGAGGAACUGAUGUGAUUGUAACUACUUUUUCGCCCGCCCAUUUUGAAGGCGAUUGGGAUUCAUUAGAUGCUUGUUCAAAGACGAAACCUUUCGAGGAAAACGAGAAGAAUCUAGAAGGAAUGGAUUAUGAAAUGAGAAAGCAAGAGAUUGAACAAGUGAUUUCUGCUAAGCAAUCCAAAAGUUUUCGUUUAGAGGCAUUGGAUGUGACUAAAUUGGCAUUAAUGAGACCAGAUGGGCACCCGGGGCCUUACAUGUAUCCGUUUCCUUUCGCAGAUGGGAAACGGGAGAGGGUUCCAAACGAUUGCGUUCAUUGGUGCUUGCCCGGGCCUAUAGAUACAUGGAAUGAGAUCAUGUUAGAUAUAAUGAAAAGAUGGAAUCAUUAAAUAGAAGGUUGUAGGGAACUUGUGAUACAUGGAGCUUCAACAUUGAGAAACUAGGUAGAGGAAACAAUCAAGUAACAUUGAUGAAGAACAUGGCAGGGGAUGGUGCUCCAAGAAAUAGUUUUUAUCCAUGUACAGAUGGAUUACUUAAUAUUUUAUACUCUUAAAGGUAAAUCACAUACAACACCAUGUUACAUAUGAAAAGAAGGCCAGCAUACAUUUGUCUUUUUGAACAUUGAUCUUGUUUGUUUAUGUUGUUUUUCUUGGCUUGUUUAGAUACCAACAGUUGUAUUGUUAUUAAAAUAGUCUAUAGAAAGUCAAUUACACUUAAAUUAA